GAUUAGGAGAAUCAGGUCCGUGAUCCCAUAUUUAUGUGACAGGACACCGGCUCCCUCGAUACCUGCACCACUUUGAAAAUGGCUGACGACAAGGAUGUACGAGAGCUAGCUGACGCUAAGAAACUUCCUUUGCCAGAUCGCAUAGCGCACACGAACUGGAAGGCGAGGGUUGCUGCCUACGACGACAUUUCGGUAGCCUGCAGAGAAAUAUACGAUGACGCGGACCCGAAGCUUAGCGAAUUCGCGCCUCUGUUCGCCAAGGCGGUGUCGGAGCCUAACGCGGCGGCUGUGGACAAGGCUCUUGACGCCUUGUCUGCGUUUCUGUCAAAGGCGUCAGAGCAGCACGCGAGCAGGAUAUGUGAGAGGACGUGCGCAAACAUGGUGGCCAAGUGCCUGAGCGCGAGGACCAGCACGCUGACCCGCGUCCUGGAGGUGAUGCUGCUUUUCGUGGAGCUGGAGCAGGCAGACAAGGUCACGGAAGCGCUGGUCGUGGGGCUGAGCAACAAGAACCCGAAGGUGGUGGUGGCGGCGCUGGAGAUGAUAUACAACACGAUCAACCUGUUCGGGCACCGUGUGGUGACGCCCAAGCCGAUCAUGGUGGCGUUGCCGGCGCUGUUUGAGUCGAAGGACGGGAAGGCGCGCGAGAAGGUCAAGGAGAUUGUGGUGGAGCUGUCGCGCUGGAUGGGCCCCGACGCCAUCCGCGCCGUGCUGUUCGACAAGAUGCGCGACGCCAUGCGCGACGACAUCAGCCGGGCCAUGGAGCUGGCGGAGCCGGCGCGCGUGCCGCCGCGCCUGACGCGCAAGCAGCAGGCCAAGGCCGCGGACGUGCAGGAGCACGCGCCGGUGGCAGAGGCCGCCGCGGAUGGCGCGGCGGGUGGCGUGGCGCCCAUGGAGGAGGACAUGCCGGAGGCGGCUGACCCGUACGACUAUGCGGAGCCCAAGAAGGUGGUGCAGGAGCUGACCAGCGCCAACUUCUUCGCCAAACUGGAGGAGAAGAAGUGGACAGACCGGCGCGACGCGGUGCUGUUCCUGAAGGGGCUGGCGGACACGCCACGCAUCGCGUCCGGCGACUUCGGGGACGUCAUGCGCGAGCUCAAAAAGCUGAUCUCCAAGGACAGCAACGUGGUGGUGGUGGCGGAGUCCAUCAACUGCGUGGGGCUGCUGGCUAAGGGCCUGCGCAAGGAGUUCGCGUCCUGGGCCCGCAACCUGGCGUCUGCGCUGCUGGAGAAGUUCAAGGAGAAGAACACCAACGUGGGCAUUGCGGUGACCACGGCGCUGACGUACAUGCACAAGUACUGCUGGCACCUGUCAGAGGUGGUGGAGGACCUCCCAGAGGCCAUGGGGCACGCGAACCCAAAGGUCAAGGAGGACACCUACAAGUGGCUCACGGAGGCCAUCAAGCAGGAGCCCAAGGCCAACCUGAAGGGCCUGGUGCCGACGCUGAUGGGAGCCGCAGCCAAGGGCGCGGAGGAGGCGGCGCCGGCGCUGCGCGAGGCGGCCCAGGGCUUCAUGGUGGCGUUCACCGUGCGGUUCGGCAACACGGCGGUGCUGGAUAAGUUCACCACCAAGAUGGACGAGGCCCGCAAGAAGAAGCUGCAGGAUAUGGUGGCAGAGGCCAUGGGCGGCGGUGGCGCUGCUGCUGCACCCGCAGCGGCGGCGGCUGCGCCAGCGGCGGCAUCUGCGGUGCGGGCCUCCAUAGCCCCGUCGCUGUCCCUCAAGUCCCGUCUGCCGGCUGGCGGCUCUCGCCCGACCACGGCUGCGCGGCCUUCGACAGCCGCGCCUGCUGGUGGUGCUGCUGCGCCCAAGAAGGCAGCGGCUGGCGGCGACGGCGACGACGAGGCCAGCCUGGGCGGGGGCUCGCUGUCUCGGGACCAGGCGGUGGCGGCGCUGACGGACAUGUUUGGCGAGGCGCUGGUCAAGGCGCUGCAGGACGACCAGUGGAAGACUCGCCUGGACGCGAUGGAGACGGUGGCGGGCCGCUCGGCGGACCCGUCUGUGGCGGCUUCCAGCGGCAGCAUGCUGGUGCAGGCCAUGUCGCACGUGCCCAGCGCGGGCUGGGGCGAGAAGAACUUCCAGGUCAUGGCCAAGCAGUUCGAAAUCUUGCGUAACAUCGCGGCCGGCAAUCCCGCGUUCAGCAAGCGCGACGCCUUCACCUGCCUCGGGGGCCUUAUUGACAAGGUGGGCGACCUCAAGCUGAAGCAGCCCAGCUUCGAGACACUCACCUGCCUGGCGGAGGCGGUGGGCCCGCAGUUCGUGAUGGCGCAGCUGCACAAGAAGGCGGCGUCGCACAAGAACCCCAAGGUGCAGAGCGAGGCCAUCAACUGGAUUGCGCGGGCCAUCACCGAGUUCGGGCUGGCGGGCUGCGACGUGCGCGCUCUUCUGGACUGGGCCAAGGAGGACCUGGGCUCGGCGAACGCGGGCGUGCGCAACGCCGCCAUCCAGAUGCUGGGCGUCAUGUACAGGUUCCUGGGACCGGCCCUAGGCGACAUGAUUCGGGCCGACGUGAAGCCGGCCCUCAUGACCGCCAUCGACGGCGAGUUCGCCAAGGUGGCCGACCUGGGCAAGCCCGAGCCCACCCGCUUCUCCCGCGUUGUCGCGCCCGCGCGCGGCGGCGCCACUGGCAAGGCAGGCGGUGGCAAGGGGGGGGCUGGGGGCGGUGGCGGCGCAGCAGCUGGCGGCGGCGGCGGUGGUGGUGGCGGCGGCGGUGGCGGCUUCGACGCGGACGACCUGCUGCCGCGUACGGACAUCAGCGGCCAGAUCACGGGCGAGCUGGUGACGCAGCUGGGCAGCGCCAACUGGAAGGAGCGCAAGGCGGCUCUGGACUCGAUUGAGACCAUCCUGACGCAGGCGGGCAACCGCAUCCAACCGCAGACGGGCGAGCUGCUGCCCGAGCUGAAGAAGCGCCUGGCGGACUCGAACAAGAACCUGACCACGCAGGCUCUGACGGUUCUGGGCCGCAUCGCCAAGGCCAUGGGCCGCGCCAUUGACCGGAACGCCAAGCCGCUGCUGGCGCCCGCCGUCAAGAACAUCACCGACCAGAAGCAGACGGUGCGCGCCGCGGUGACGGAGAUGCUGGACGCCUGGGUGGGCGUGACCAGCUCCAGCGCAGUCAUGUCCGAGGUUGUGGAGUUCUACACCAGCCCCAAGAUCACUGCCGAUGGCAAGACCGAGACGCUGCGCUGGCUGGCAAGCCUGGUGGCUGCCGGCAAGCUUGGCGAGUGCGCGGGCGACGCGCUCAAGACAGCGGUGCUGGGCGGCGCCGACAAGGCGGUGGAGGUGCGCGAUGCGGCCAGCAAGCUCAUGGUCGCGCUGGUGGAGGCGGUGGGCCCGGCGGAGCUGGGUGCUGCGGCCCAGGGCCUGGACGUGAACUCGCGUAAGGCCGCGCUGGAGGCCAUCACCAAGGUCACCGGCGCGCCCGUGCCGGUGGCCGCAGCGGCGCCUGCAGCCGCGGCAGCCUCGUCCCGCCCCUCGACCGCGACGGUGCGGAGCUCGACCACUUCGCUGCGCGCGUCCACCACACUGCCGCGCGGCGCGCUCAGCAGCACCGCGCGGCCGGGCACUGCCAAGCCCGCCGGCGGCCUCCUCAACAAGUCGAUCGCCGGUGCCAGCAUGGCGGCUGCUCUCGGUGACGCGGGCCCGCUCAUCAUGCCCGACAACAAAAAGGAGGACCGCGCCAAGAAGGGCCGCUUCCGGCCCGCCAAGCUGCAGAUUAUGCCCGACGAGCCGCAGACGCUGGAGGCGGAGCUGGGACCGCUGCUGAGCCCCGCGCUCAAGGCCGCAGCCUUCAGCAAGGACUUCAAGAAGCACUGCGAGGCGGCGGACAUGAUUACGCGGUCGCUGCCCACCAACUAUGACGACGUCAUCGCAGUGGUGGACCUGCUGUUCAGGUGGUCCACGCUGCGUAUCCUGGAGUCCAACACCGCCUCGCUGGUCAAGGUGCUGGAGUUGCUGAAGCUGCUGCUGGAGAUGAUGAUCGAGCGCGGUUACCGCAUGUCCGAGUAUGAGUCCAAGCUCAUCCUGCCCGCCGUGGUGGAGAAAUCGGGCCACAACCAGGACAAGCUCAAGGCGGAGCACCGCGAGCUGCUGCGGCGCUUUGCGCUGGUGCACCCGCCCGCCAAGGUUCUGGCCUACGUCAAGGAUGGCCUUGAGUCCAAGAACAGCAAGACGCGCGUGGUGUGCAUGGACGAGAUCGCCGCCAUCGUCGACCGCAACGGCCCGGUCGUGUACCGCGCCAGCGCAGCGGCGCCGGCCGCAGGCAGCCGGCCGGCCAGCGCGGCCGCCGGCGACAACGUCAUGGCGGCGGUGGCCAAGCUGGUGGCGGAGCGUGACACGGCCGUGCGCGCCGCUUGCCUGGGCGUCAUAGAGGUGCUCUACUGCAUUGAGGGCGCGGCCAUCUGGGAGCACCUGGGCCGCCUGACGGACCAGCAGAAGUCGCUGAUUGAGGAGCGCAUCAAGGCCGCCGGCAACCGCAUGGCGCGCGCCGGCCAGGUGCCCGGCUACAAGGCCGCGGAGUACAGCCUGGCGCCGGUGCAGGACGACCCCAUGAUGGUGUCGCCCGGCCCCGGCAACGCCACCACGCCUCGCCGCCCAGCCUCGCCGAUGCAGCGCUCGGCCAUCGGGAUGGGCGCCGCUGGCGCGGCAGCGGCCGCCUCCCCGGCCUUCGGCCGCCCCGCCGCUGGCGCCGGCAUCCUGGAGUCGCAGCAGCUGCGUGCUUCUACCAUCGCAGCGCCGGCGCCUGCAACAGCCUUUGCAGCCUCCGCGGCGCCGCUGGGCCCCGGCCAGCCCAGCAGCCCAAUGCAGGCGACGGCGCAGCCGGCCGCCGCCGCCGUGGACCCGGCGGUGGCUGCCGCCGCGGGCUACGACGUGCGUCGCGUCAGCUCGCCCAUGAUGAUGAACCGGUACAACUCCUUCCAGAUGCAACCUGGGCAGAUGCCGGCCGUGGGCGCCAGCAUGGGCGUGCUCACGAUGCUGGACGGCGGCUCGGAGGAGGAGACCAUCCGCAACUGGGUCAUCAUGCUCGACCGCCUGCAAGGCGUGGACUGGGAGGAGGCCAUCCAGGCCAUGAAGCUGCUGUGCUUCAGCUACAUGGAGGUGGACCGCCAGAGCCGGCACGUGGAGGCGCUGCUGAUGGACCCGCGCAACGUGGACGAGCUGGUGCUGGUGCUGGCGGGCAGGCUGGACCAGUCGCUGUGGGACGCCUCUGCCUCCACGCUAUGCCUGCCGGGCGGGCCGCAGUACAACGCGCGCGCGUGCAAGUACAGCAUCAACGCGCUGAUGAACAUGUGCAACCUGCACCCGCUCACCGCGCGCAUCGGCGACGCGGCGCUGACCAAGAUGUUCAGCGCCCUGCUAGCCGCGCUCAUUGACGCGCGCCUGCGGCAGGUGGCUGACGGCGACGGGCUGCUCAAGGCGGUGAACAUGAUGAUCAUGAAGCUGCUGGAGCAGGCCAGCCGGUCGGGUGUGUUUGGGGCGCUGGUGGCGCUGCUGCGCACGCCCAACCCGCGCAUCUACGAGAUGGCCACAUCCGCGUCCAGCCUGGAGGCUGCGCGCGCCGAGAACCUGCUGCGCUGGAACGACAUGGUGGUCAAGUGCCUGAUCAAGAUGACCAAGCAGCUGUCCACCAUCAUCCCGAUCAUUAACGUGGGCGAGGUGCUGGUGCACCUGCACCGCUACAUGCAGGCCCUGGGCGCGGAGGAGGUCCGCCGGCGCAGCUCCCUGGAGGACAAGCCGCUGCGCAUGGUCAAGACCAUGCUGCACGAGCUGUGCAAGCACCGCGGCUACGACAUCUACAAGGACAUAGAAAACAUGCCCGGCGUGAACGAGAUGCCGGACGAGAUGGUGAUGAUGCCGUACAUCCGCCUCAACCUGGACACCCUGCACACCGACAAGCGGCCCGCGACCGCUGCGCCGGGCGGCGGUGCAGGCGCCGCCGCGCUCGCUGCCUCCGCGGCGGCGCCACGCCCCGCCACCGCGCCCAGCGCCGAGGUGCCUUCCACCAGCGGUGCGGCGCCCACAGCAGCUCCGCGGCCGCGCGGCAUCCCCAGUGCCUUCAGCGGGUCCGCCAACACCCCCACGGCGGCGCAGUCGCAGGUGCUGGCGCCGCUGAGCACCAACGCCAUGGCCCCGCCGCAGCAGCCCGGCGCCGCCGCCAGUCCCAAGGUGUCCCUGCCGGUGGUAGCGGCACCCGCUGCCGCCGCCGCGCCGGCUCUAGCCACCAGCACCAGCGCGCCGCUGAACCUGGACCCCUCCAGCGCCGAGUUCACACGGCCGGUGACGGACGAGCAGGAGGCGCGCAACAUCCUGGCUGCCAUAUUCAAGCGCAUCGGCGACAAGUCGCAAUCCAACCAGGCGCUGGUGGACCUACACCACUUCAUGGAGGCCAACCCCAACAUCGACGUGCUCAACCAGAUGAUGAGCCAGGUGUCGCCCUACUUCAAGACGUACCUGUCGCGAGGCCUGAACAAGGUCAAGCUGCAGAUGAGCCACGCCGCUGCGGCUGCAGCAGCCGUGCAGGAGCAGCAGCCCGCGGCCUUCGCCGCCGUGCCCGCACCGGCGGGCCGGCAGGAGUCGUCCGACGGUGGCAUGGCGCCCAGCGGCACCGCCCGCACCGCCAGCAGCACCUGGAGCACACCCGACGGCGACGCCUCGGCGCACCCUACCGUCAUCACGAUUGCGGAGAAGCUGGCGAUCUCUGAGGCGCGCAGCCCCGCCUCGCCCGGUCGCCUGCGCGGCGUGGGCAACCUGGACGAGCUGCGCAGCCGCAUGAACAACCUCAGCACCAACCUGAGCGACCUGCCCCUGCGCGCCUCCAACCCUGCCGUGGCCCAGUCCGCGGCUAUGAGCCAGGACCUGCUGGAUCUGCAGGAGCGCAUGAAGAAGAUCCAGAAUCUGGGAGCCGCCAGCUGAACGCCGUGCGCCGAGCUGCAGGCGGUAGUUUGGUGGGUGCCUGGGCAAUGCGGGAUGUGGAGUCUGCCGAUAGAUGAAGGGCGAUAGUGCCGCGGUGUGUUGCAGGCAGAGAGGUGUGUGUGUGUGUGUGUGUGUGUGUGUGUGUGUGUGUGUGUGUGUGUGUGUGUGUGUGUGUGUGUGUGUUUGGGGCUGACUGCACUGGCCAGACUGAUCAACCACAACAAUCAUAGAUACACAGGUCAGCGCUGCCUAGACAUGCAGUGGAUGAUGGGUAUUGCACACGCUGAAGUCAUGCGAGCACGUUGGGACAAUUACCAUGAUCUGAAUGUUACACGCUGGCAAGAUUACAGAGAUUUCAACCCAUACCCUAUGUGGGCUUCUGUAUGCAACCAUACAAUAUGUGCCUGUAAACAACGUGCAAG